AUGCGCCGCUCACGAGAACAACAACAAUGGCGUCAGUUCGUCUCUGCAACAACCAAACGAUCUUCAAAGCUCACCAAUGGCUUCUUCUCCUUCUUCUUCUCCACCAAGACUAAUCCAAAUCCAAACGAAAAACAACAAAUCCUUAUCAACGCCAUCUCCAAAUCCUUACAAUCCAACGAUAACUGGGAAACUCUCUCAACCAAAUUCUCAUCCAUAGAUCUAUCAGACUCCAUCGUUAACCAAAUCCUUCUCCGAUUCAAACAACCCGAAUCAGCGAAACGAGCUUUAACCUUCUUCCACUGGUCAGCUCACACACGAAACCUCCGUCACGGAACCACCUCUUACGCCGUCGCGAUUCACAUCCUCGUCAAAGCUAGGUUACUCAUCGACGCUCGAGCUUUAAUCGAAUCGUCUCUGUUAAAUCCCGAUUCCGGUUUAGUCGAUUCGUUGUUGGAUACUUACGAGGUCUCUUCUUCUACUCCUCUAGUGUUUGAUUUGGUUGUUCAAUGUUACGCUAAGAUUAGGGAUUUGGAAUUAGGAUUCGAAGUUUUCAAGAGAUUGUGUUGUUGUGGAUUUAUUCUUAGUGUGGUUACUUUGAAUACGUUGAUUCAUUAUUCUGCGAAAUCGAAUCGGGUUGAUCUUGUUUGGAGGAUUUACGAGUGUGGAAUUGAUAAGAGGGUUUAUCCGAACGAGACGACGAUUCGGAUUAUGAUUCGUGUGUUGUGUAAAGAAGGGAGAUUGAAAGAAGUUGUUGAUUUGUUAGAUAGGAUUCAUGGGAAGAGAUGUUUACCUCCUGUGAUUGUGAAUACUAGUUUGGUGUUUCGGGUUUUGGAAGAUAAUCGAAUCGAGGAGAGUAUGAGUUUGUUGAAGAAGUUGUUGAUGAAGAAUAUGGUUGUCGAUACGAUUGGUUAUUCGAUCGUUGUGUAUGCGAAGACAAAGGAAGGGGAUUUGGAGUCUGCGAGGAACGUUUUUGACGAAAUGCUUCAGAGAGGUUUUAGUGGGAAUGCGUUUGUUUAUACGGCUUUUGUUAGAGCGUGUUGCGAAAGGGGUGAGGUUGAAGAAGCAGAGCGGUGGAUGAGUGAAAUGGAGGAGUCUGGGAUAAAUCCGUAUGAAGAUACUUUUAAUUGUCUUAUCGAGGGUUGUGCGAGAUUUGGGAAAGAAGAGAAAUGUUUGGAGUAUUGCGAGGUAAUGGUAGCAAGAGGGCUUAUGCCUAGUUGUUCUGCUUUCAAUGAGAUGGUUAAGAGACUAAGCAAGAUUGAGAACGUGAAACACGCAAACGAAAUCCUAACAAAGUCAAUAGGUAACGGGUUUAUACCCGAUGAACAUACGUAUUCUCAUAUGAUUCAAGGAUUUAUAAAUGGAGACGACGUCGAACAAGGGCUCAAGCUGUUCUACGAGAUGGAAUUUCGAAAGAUCUCUCCCGGUUUCAAGGUGUUCGAGGCACUAACAAUUGGACUUUGCGCUUGCGGUAAAGUUAAAGCCGGAGAAAAAUACUUGAGAAUUAUGAAGAGGAGACUGAUAGAGCCAUCUAAUGUUGAUAUAUAUAAGGCACUGAUUAAGGCAUUCCAGAGAAUUGGUGAUAAAACGAAUGCUGAUAGAGUAUAUAAUGAGAUGAUGUCAAUCAAAUGUUUCAAAUUAGAUGGUUAAGAAAGUUAUUACCUGAAAACGUUAGAUGAUUGUAGGCUUCAUAAUUGAAAAUGGUCAUAGAAGAUUUCGAUA